GCCCCCCAGCCAUUGACACCUACAAAUACGCAGCCACUGCAAGGCCGUGGUUCUUCAACCCUCUCCACGCUCCAGCACAAGAGCAAGAGCAAGAGCAAUUACUGCAAAACCCUAAAUUAGCUACGUAUAGCUUCUCUUCUCACCCAUGGCCAAUUCAAGCAACUACGGCCUUGGGCUUGCUUGCUUCUUCGCCAUUGCUGCUGCGGUCGCCGGCGGGACGCAGUUCAUGGUCGGCGGCGCCAAUGGCUGGAGCGUGCCCACCGCCGGCGCCGAGCCCUUCAACACUUGGGCGGAGAGGACGAGGUUUCAGAUCGGAGACUCCCUAGUGUUCGUGUACCCCAAGGACCAGGACUCGGUGCUGCUGGUGGAGCCGGCGGACUACAACGCCUGCGACACGUCGUCGUACGUGAGGAAGUUCGACGACGGCGACACCGUGGUCACGCUCGACCGCUCCGGCCCGCUCUUCUUCAUCAGCGGCGUCGAGGCCAACUGCCGCGCCAACGAGAAGCUCAUCGUCAUGGUCCUCGCCGCCCGCAGCAACGGCAACGGCACCGGCGGCGGCGCGCAGGCUCCGAGCACGGCGCCGCAGCCGGCGUCACCGGCGGCAUCGCCCCCUCCCGCCAGCUCCACCCCGCCCCCGCCGUCGUCGCCCGCUCCCAAGGGCGCGUCGCCGCCCCCGGCCUCUGCUCCCACAACGACACCGGGUACGCCGCCGCCCCCUGCUCCGAGCGCGUCGUCGCCUGCUCCGGCGUCGUCAACCCCACCGCCGCCAUCUGCCCCGCAGGCACCGCCGCCGCCCCCUGCUUCGAGCGCGUCGUCGCCUGCUCCGGCAUUGACGACCCCGCCGCCGCCAUCUGCCACGGCGAAUGCCCCGCAGGCACCGCCGCCGCCCUCGGCGAGCUCUCCGUCUCCGAGCGCACAUGGAGCAACGGCUAGCUCGACGGGCACGCCAUCGUCGCCUCCCGCCGGCGCCGAGGUCAAGAACGGCGCCGCCCUCACGGUGGCCACGGGCUUGGCCAGCUCCUUCGGGGCCUGCAUCCUUGGCUACGCCAUGCUUGCUCUAUGAAGAAGUGAAGUGGACCGUGGACACGAUGCACGGAAGACCCGAGUAAAUACAGUAUGUCUAUACAUGUUAACUGAAGACAUGCGAUUUGUGCAUGCUUUCGUUUUCCGCCGCAUGAAUAAGAAAUCAACAAUUCUUUAUGCC